UUGAAAUAGAGACGUCACAGUGACCCGGAUUGACACCAGGAUGUCACAGGCUAUAUAAACCAGGAUGAGUAUUCAUUCCACAGUCUUCUAUACUGCUAUCGCAGAAUCACUGCGGACUAUCAUUCAACGAUGCUUACAUUUCAACACACCUUGAAAGGCUUACUUCUGUUAGCCUGUCUCUAUACCUGCUCAGGUGCUCCGUUGACGUGCAACCCUGUGAGGAGCGCAGAAUGUUUCGCCAACUUCAGUCAAGAGAUUAUGAGGGUGGCGUUGCCCCAUCUGGCACAGAAUAUCAGCGUCGCAAACACAAACUUGUCCUUCGUCAGCCAGCUGUGCAGUGAGUACACCCUCACCUACCUGCCCUGCGUCACUCCAGCCCUCGUCGGCUGCCCUGCGUGGAGCUAUAUUACCUACGAGAUGACCAGCGCUGCCGCGGAGUACAUCUGUCACAGCCGUGAAACGGUGGUACGGAGUGCGCUAGAGUGUCUAUCAGUGCCGACAGUCGCGCCUGCAGUCAUGGGAUGCAACGAGGCUGCCCUAGCGUCAACCGAACCGUGCCACCCAGCUUACACUUGGCAGAAGUGCAUAUCUGACGUUACCUCCGACGUUUGUACCGUGUCUUCAAAUGCUGCUUUAAGUGAUGUCAUUGCUCAUAGUCUGCAGCCAAUGUUUGACUUAUAUCCUUGUCAUAAUGACAGCGGUACUUCUGUAACCUCUGAACCCGAACCGGAGAUAACGGGAGAAACAGUUUCUUCUGAACCCGAACCGGAGAUAACGGGAGAAACAGUUUCUUCUGAACCCGAACCAGAAGUGACAAGCACUCCAAGUGAUGUGUGUAACCUGCCAGCCUUCACCAUGUGCAGCGCGGAGCUGAACCAGGAUCUACAGGUGUGGAUGGCAAACGUUAUUCCCGACAUGAUGCUCACCAGAAGCUUUAACUUCUCACAUCUGGACACCCUGUGCAGUGUUCACUACAGGAAAUACAAACAAUGUGUUUGGUCGGUAACCUUGGGAUGUCGCAAGGACUUGAUGCUCUCUCGUGAUAUAAUGGUUUCUGCUUUCGACUUUAUCUGCUCCGCCGACAAAGAAGCACUGAGCAGUACAAUCCCCUGUAUAUCACAACCCAGCGUUGCACAGGGGAUGCAGAGUUGUGCUUAUACAGCAUCAACUUCAGGAGUAUGCAGCUAUACCACGAACUACAAAAAGUGUGUAUCUGACGUCAUUUCCGGCUGUACCUCCUCUGCCAAAGACGUCAUCAACGAUUUAGUUGAUACCCUACUGAAGCCACUGAAGGAGACUUUCCCCUGUGACGUCGACAUCUCCACUGUCCUACCAACGUUUCUUACCUCAACAACAACUAAACCAACAUUCAACACAACAACACGUGUUACCCCAACACCGCAAAUAGUAACCGGGGGCGCCACUGGUACAGGACAAUGUGGUCGUGAGUGCAAGGAUCUGCUGAAUGUGCCAAUUUCACGAAUGCCAACUGCAUUGAUGGCCGGCAACUUCUCCCUCACCAUCUACACAGACGCGUGCCCCUUGUUUGAAAGUUUUCGCCAGUGCAUGGCCGCUCUAUCUGACCCAUGUGAAAUUCCUGCUGUAGAAAAUAGUGUCUUCUCUUCCUUCGAGUACGCCUGUGGGAAAGGUUACAGUGCUAUUAUUGAAUACGACGACUGCUGGGAGAGAACCGACCUCCAGGCCACGUGGACUUCCUGUAUCAACGAGUUCAGUGCCUCGCUGGCCAAUGGAUCACAAGAUGGCUUAUGCAGAUAUUUGGACCGCGUUUCCCUCUGCGUAACGGAAAAGGUUGCAGCCUGUGGACAAGUCCCAGUUGCCAUCGUUACGGAUUACUUCAACGCAUCCACGUACGUUGUCAGGAGACUGUUCAAUUGUUCUCUGGCACAGCCGACCACCAUGGAAACGACAACCAUCCCCGCUGUCCCUACUGCACACUCCAGCUCCCCCACAUCCACUACACCAACCUCCACAUCCACUACACCAGCUUCCACAACCAAUACACCAAACUCCACGACUACCUCACCCGCCUCCACGUCUGUCGCAGCGUCUGUGUCUUCACACCAGAACCAGACAGUGACCACGCCCAAGCUUCCCAUCACCUGCUUCGACUGCAACAGUGGCUACAGCAGCAGCAGAAACACGCAAUGCACCAUCGACGGUCACAUCGCCACCAACCUCGUCGGCAAGACUACCUGCAUGGACCGGUGCUUUGCUAAGACCAACAAAUGGAAUAAGGGAGUGAUUUUCCGCGGCUGCGCAGCAGGAUUCUGGAUGCCGGAAGCCCGUCCCUUGCCUCGUUCUGGAUGUCACAUGAUCCGGGAAGAAAUGUGGUGCUUCUGCGACGGUGAUUUCUGCAAUGACAUGCCCAUGGCAAGAUUCGUUUAAAACACGGGUUUACCUGCGUCCGAUCUCAGACACCACAGUUAAUGUAACACAAGUACCACAACGGUGUUAUGUAUCAGUAUUGUGCAUACCAGCGUGACCUCUUUGUAUAAUAUUAUUAAUACAUGUUGCCAUAGUUUUAUGUACAAUUUGUGACUGUUAAUGCUGUUUAUUACAGUCAAACAGUGAGUUAUAACCGUCAUGAAAUGUCUAAUUUUACAAAGUGAAACUUAGUGAAACUUAGUGAAACUGGCUCUGUAAAAUGUGGUCCGAUCUUGAGUAAUAUGUACAGACUGAAGCACACAGGUGUUUAGAGUAUUGUCGAAUAUAUGUGUUUUUAACGUUCGAUGGAAAUCCCAAUGCAAUACAUGCAUUUACAAAUAUUUUUUUUAUUUGUAUUUCCGAUAUCAUUUUGUGAGAUUUAUUUUUAUUGAGAUUUUACAAUAAAAUAUAUUUUAUAAA